UUUUUGUCUCGACAGAUAUGUGUUAUGUUUGUAUAAUUGUCUGUUUAUUCUAUUCUAAAACAAAUCCAUUCAGAUUAUUUACCAAAUCGAGUGAUAUCAGUUUUUACAUUAUUGAUUCUGUUCCAUUUUCAUAAUAAAGACGCUUAAUCGAACAUUAAACAUAGUCCUACUGGAAUAUAAUAAAGAUGCAAUCUAAAAAAGAAGUUGGAACUAUACUUGAUCAACCUGGAAAAUCAGUACCACCACGUAAUCUCACUUUGGUACCUCCACCUCAUCGACAAUGGACUAGUGGGAUUUGUUAUUGUUGUAAAAAUAGGGAUUGGGGUUGUUUUGCUGUAUGUUGUUACUUCUGUCUAUUAAAUCAACUGACAAAAGCAAUGAAUGAAAAAACGUGUUAUCCAUGUUUACCAUGGUGUGGAUUAGUAGGAUUGAGAAUGAAAAUGCGAACAACUUACGGAAUAGAGGGUGAUGGAUGCAAAGAUUGCUGUCAACUAUGUUUCUGUAACGGUUGUGUAGCAUGUCAAAUGCAUUAUGAAGCACAACAAAUUGGAAUUAUAGAAAAGAAAACCUGUUCAGAUGCAUGUAAUCAAUGUUGUGUAUGUUAUAGAUAAACAGAAUGGGUUAAAGAACAAUUUGUAAACUUCCAACUACUUUCACUAUCAACUCAUGUAUAAUUAAGUAUAUUCAAAUGAAUUUUAAUUGUGUACUAAAUAAAUACUCUACCAUAUUUUACAAA